CGCCCGGCCUGUCGGGAGCUCAGCGGCGGCUGUGGCGGCAUUGGAGGCGGCGGGGCGCAGGCACCGGACCCGGGAGCGGCACCAUGAGCGGAUCACAGAACAAUGACAUGAAAAGGCAAUUUCUGCUGGAGCGACUGCUGGAUGCAGUGAAACAGUGCCAGAUCCGCUUUGGAGGGAGAAAGGAGAUCGCCUCGGAUUCCGACAGCAGGGUGACCUGCCUGUGUGCCCAGUUCGAGGCCGUCCUGCAGCAUGGCUUGAAGAGGAGUCGAGGACUAGCUCUGACGGCAGCCGCCAUCAAACAGGCAGCGGGCUUCUCCAGCAAAACCGAAACAGAGCCUGUGUUCUGGUUCUACGUGAAGGAGGUCCUCAACAAGCACGAGCUGCAGCGCUUCUACUCCCUGCGCCACAUCGCCUCGGACGUGGGCCGCGGCCGCGCCUGGCUACGCUGCGCCCUCAACGAGCAUUCGCUGGAGCGCUACCUGCACAUGCUGCUGGCGGACCGGGGCAGGCUCAGCACUUUUUAUGAAGACUGGUCUUUUGUGAUGGAUGAAGAAAGGUCUAGCAUGCUUCCUACCAUGGCAGCUGGUCUGAACUCCAUCCUCUUUGCCAUCAACAUAGACAACAAGGAUUUAAACGGGCAGAGUAAGUUUGCUCCUACAGUGUCGGACCUCUUAAAGGAGUCAACGCAGAAUGUGACCUCCUUGCUGAAGGAGUCCACGCAAGGAGUGAGCAGCCUGUUCAGGGAGAUCACGGCGUCCUCUGCAGUCUCCAUCCUCAUCAAGCCUGAGCAGGAGACCGACCCUCUGCCCGUCGUGUCCAAGCACGUCAGUGUUGAUGCCAAAAGUAAAAAGGAACGGAAGAAGAAAAAGAAGGUGACCAACAUCAUCUCAUUUGAUGACGAGGAAGACGAGCAGAACUCUGGUGAUGUUUUUAAAAAGAUGCCUGGGGCUGGGGAGAGCUCAGAGGAGAACUCCGACCGCUCUUCAGUCAAUAUCAUGUCAGCCUUUGAAAGCCCCUUUGGGCCAAAUUCCAAUGGAAGUCAGAGCAGCAACUCAUGGAAAAUUGAUUCUCUGUCUUUGAACGGGGAGUUUGGGUACCAGAAGCUAGAUGUGAAGAGCAUCGAUGAUGAAGAUGUGGAUGAAAACGGGGAUGACGUGUAUGGGAACCCAGCGGGAAGGAAGCACCCAGGCCCCUCGGAGUCACCCGAGAAGUCACUGGAUGGGAACACCUGCCUCUCCCAGAGGCACAGCUGGGCCCCGCUGCAGGUGCUUCACGGUGACGCGGAGGUCCUCUUCCCGGUCAGCGGAGUGGGUUCCUACAGCCCUGCAGAUGCCCCCCUCGGAAGCCUGGAGAACGGGACGGGACCCGAGGACCACGUUCUCCCGGAGCCCGGACCUCGGUACAGUGUGGAAGCCAGUCCUCCGGGCCAAGGAAGUCCCCGUCCCCUGAGCAGCCUGUUACCGUCUGCCUCGGUGCCGGAGUCGAUGACAAUUCAUGAGCUGCGACAAGCGAUCGUGGCCAUGAUGAACAGGAAGGAGGAGCUGGAGGAGGAGAACAGAUCACUGCGGAACCUGCUGGACGGUGAGAUGGAGCACUCGGCUGCCCUCCGGCAGGAGGUCGACACCUUGAAAAGGAAGGUGGCUGAGCAGGAGGAGAGGCACGUCAUGAAGAUCCAGGCGCUGGCAAGGGAAAAUGAGGUGCUCAAAGUCCAGCUGAAGAAAUAUGUAGGAGCUGUCCAGAUGCUGAAAAGAGAAGGCCAAACAGCUGAAGUUGUACCAAAUCUUUGGAAUGUUGAUGGAGAAGUUACGGUCACUGAGCAGAAGCCGGGAGAAGUCGCUGAGGAACUGGCAAGCGCCUAUGAAAGAAAGCUCAUUGAGGUGGCGGAGAUGCACGGUGAGCUGAUGGAGUUCAACGAGCGCCUGCACCGGGCCCUGGUGGCCAAGGAAGCCCUCGUGUCGCAGAUGAGGCGGGAGCUCAUCGACCUCCGGGGGCCGGUGCCUGGAGAUUUGAGUCAAACAUCCGAAGACCAGAGUUUGUCGGAUUUUGAAAUAUCAAACCGGGCGCUGAUCAAUGUCUGGAUCCCGUCGGUGUUUCUCCGGGGCAAAGCAGCGAACGCGUUCCAUGUGUACCAGGUCUACAUCCGGAUAAAAGACGAUGAAUGGAACGUCUACCGGCGGUACACGGAGUUCCGGACUUUGCACCACAGGUUACAGAACAAAUACCCUCAAGUGCGAGCCUACAACUUCCCACCCAAAAAGGCCAUUGGAAACAAGGAUGCCAAGUUCGUGGAGGAACGAAGGAAGCAGCUCCAAAACUACCUGCGCAGUGUCAUGAACAAAGUCAUCCAGAUGGUCCCCGAGUUUGCCGCCAGCCCCAAGAAAGAGACCCUCGUCCAGCUGAUGCCCUUCUUUGUGGACAUUACCCCUCCCGGAGAGCCACUGAACAAAAACAGCCGCUCCAAAGUGGCUGCCCGCUUCCCCAAGCUGUCCCGCAGUCACCCCAGGGAGACGGCGCGCAACGUGGAGCCCCAGAGCGGCGACCUCUGACCUCAAUGGAACCCCAGACUCGGGCCCUACGAGCUGCGCCAGCUGCCUCCCCCGGCCACUCCGCCUCCAGUCUGGCCACGGCAGCUGGCCCCUUACACCUCGGAGUGACAACCACAUCCAGCUGGUAAACUCCAGCGAGCACCCCUUCCCCGUCGGUCACAUGACACCCCGAUUAAACUGGUCAGAGAGCAAGGCAGCUCCUCGCUGGACAGACUUGGACACGUGGGCACCGCCCUCCCAGGCUCUGCCCUGAGCGGCAAGCGUCAUUCAUCCCCUUCCUGCAGCCCAGGGUCAGCAGGAGGGUGGGCACCAGCCCGGGCUUGGAGCCCCUGGUGGAGCUGCGCGACUCCAGUGUUUCUCUUGGUCAGAAGGUUCACUCAGAAACCACCUCUUGACUCUUUCCCACGUGGGAAUUAGAAUGACUGUUACUCUUUUUCUUUUUAAUGUUAUUGCCUGCUACAACUUAUGGCCAUGUGGGGUGGGGUGGGGGCCCUGUUCCUUUCCCUGUUAUUUCCUACCCGUGGUCAUCGCCACCAUGGCCAGCAGGAGCUCGUGGCAUCACUCCUCCAGGGAGACGAUGCACGGCCUUCACGUGAAGGAGCCAGUAAGUGACGCUGAACUGUCGUCCUUGGAGCACACCCGUCCCCCACCUCCUCACCACUGGCUUCUGGAAGGACCAGCCCAUGCAGGAAACCUGAGGCCCCCCGGGCCCCCGUGCACCUUUGUCAGGCUUGGGGGUCCUCACCCAUCCAGGCAGCUAUCAGCAGCGACCUGGUGACCGCACUUAGAGAGCCCCGAGCUGUCCAGAAGUCGAUGGCUUUGGCCUCACAAGCCCAGAGGCCUCAAGGUCAUGAGAGAGACUCGGCUGUAACCGCUGCGGACGAUUCUGCCGGCCCUCGGCUUCCAGACCGACUCCGGCUCCAUGGGCCUCAACAUGGCUCAGGGAGCCUGGACUGUGUCCUCUCUGGACAAACCAUGACUGUCCCCGGAAGACAUGGGUUCGCCGUGCACCCUCUGCCCCCACCGUGCUCUCAGCGGGAGCAGGACCCUGCUGACAGGUGCAAAUGGGAGAAAGACGAGGGCACGGCGGCCACCCAGGCUUUCCCUCCAACACCCCCGGUCAGGUCGCCUCCCAGGACCAGCAUGGCCCUGCCAGUUUUAACAGCCAGAACCACAGAACCGUCCCCCACCCCGGGCAAGAGCCGUCCUCAGCCACCGAGUACACUUAGGAAGAGUCUGCAUUUUCUGGGAGAAAGAUUACAAAAUUAGGAGGUUGUAAGAUGGACCACACGAGGAUAAGUGACCCGAGGAAGACAGAGACGUAGGGAAUGUGGUGAUGACGUGAACGUCCCUGAGACGUGGGCAGUGGAAGGCUAACCACAGACUGUACCUAGAACUCGAGGAACGGCCCGGGCAGGCACUGAGCGUUUCCCAGACAGAGGGAAACUCGGGCAUGUCACCUGGAAGGUUUUCUUCCCUUUAGCCAGAAGGGCGGACACUCAUUCGGGGCAGAGAAGCAAAGCUGGCGUGAUGUGCGCACAGCCCCUGAGACAUGAGGGGGCCUGAGGACCUACCUCCGAGGGAAAACUCAGCCAGGUGAGCAAACAGGCCAGCCGUCUGUCUCCACGGCUGGAAGCAGGCAUGUGCGGCAAGGGGACCUGAGGGACGCUGCGUCCUAGAAAGGCAGCACGGCUCCUCUCGCCCUCGUUUGCCAAGGUCCCAGCUACAUGUGCUCUUCGGUUCAAUUCCAAGUCCGACUGGGCCGCUGGGGCUGGCUGCUUGGAACAGCCCUCCUCGGGGCGACGUCAUCGGACUGUCCCAAUGCCCAAGCUGCCCCAGUCCUGCCCCCCGCGUUUGCCUAACUCCCCCCAGGUCCCUCU